AACACAAGUGGUGGGUGACCCACUCACCCAUCCUCCUUUUUUUUUUUUUUUUUUUCUCUCCAAACCGUGAUUGAUGGCAAUACAUUUCAAAUGGGAAAUCAUCGAGUCACACACCUAAGGUCAAGCUUUGGUGUCACUAACCCUAGUUUUGGAGAGAACAUGCCCAUGCCCAUGCCCAUGCCUAUGCAGUCCCCACCCUCCACCCCCGCACCCUCAUUACCUCUUUUCUCCUUUUGUCACUCUCAAGUUCCAACCACAACCACCGGUUCAUCUCAAAAACAAACAAAGCAAGAAAAAGCUAGGAAGUAACCUAGCAACUUCACCACCCACUUCUUCAUUCCCUCUUUCUUCAUCUUCUACCCUCUUAUAUAUGUAACACUCCCUCCAACACCAUCAAACACAUAUUGCCAUCACUCUGCAGCCAUGGACUGGUUCUCCUGGCUCUCGAAAACCGGCCUAGAGCCGUCGCUGGUGUACGAAUACGGCCUUGCAUUCGCUCACAACGAGCUCGAGGAAGAAGACAUCAUAUACUUCAACCAUGAGUUUCUCCAAAGCAUGGGAAUCUCAAUAGCAAAGCACAGGCUGGAGAUUCUCAAGCUUGCCAGGAAGGAGAAGAGAGGGAAGCCUCAUCCCGUGUCGAGACUUCUCGUGGCGAUCAAGAGAACGAAAAAGUCUCUCGCGAGGUACAUUCGAACGUUGGUUCGUCGCGAGGAGUCGUCGUCGGCUCUUGUGGUUGUGCCGAGGCCCGGCAAUGGGACAAGAUGGAGGGGAGCCAUGGUGAAGAGGAACAAGAAGUUGGUGGGUGUCCAGCAAGGAAGGCUGAUGCUCACAGAUGGGAGUUCUACUGCUCUGGAUGCCUCAGGGCCUCGUGUCGACAGCUUCUGGAGCCCGAAGGUUCAUGAUCUCCAGAAGCCGGAAAAAAUGGAGGCAGAGGAAGAUAAUGGGAACUGGUUAACUGGAGUCGAGGAGAUCAGGUGGGAUACCAUGUUUCAAGAUUUGAAACCCACAUGAAAAUUCUUUAGCUUCUCUUCAAUUCUUAUUCGUCUUAAUUCUUCUUCUUUAAUUUCUUUUGGGUUUUUCUGUUUAAUAUUUGCAUUAAUGGUGAGAGGAGAAGGAUUUUUUGGGUUCUUCCACCAGAGAGUUUUGGUUGUGUGUGAGAAGGCUUGGGUCUGUCUUCUUUGUUUAGGUGGUGGAUCAUGCAAAGAGACACUUUAGCACUAGUGGUCUCUUUCAGUAAUGAGAUUGUCUCCCCAUGCUUUUCUUUUUUCUUUUCAUGCGUUUACAUUUGGUGGGAAAGAAAGCGCACCAAGUAAUUAGUGUCUAGAUGAACAGAAUGUGUUAUAAGCGUGAAUAUAUAGUAAUAUAUAUAUAUAUAUAUUGAAAAGCAUCUUGGGAGCUGUUUGGCAA